AUGGCAUCAUCUUUAGUUGCUGCACUAGCUCUUGGUCAAAUAAUUCUUAUUGAAUAUGUUGAAUCAGCCUUAUUUGUACUUGGUAUAACAGGAUCUUUUCUUAAUAUUUUACUUUUUUCUCAACGAAAAUUUCGAUCAAAUUCAUGUUGUACUUACCUUUUAGCUUCAGCUGUAGCAGCUUUAGUUUUAAUUCUAAUGGCCAUUAUACCUCAAUUAUAUGCUCUUAAUCAUACUCCGAAUUCAUUAUUUAAUGCAAAUUUCUGUAAAGCUCAAGGUUAUAUGACACAAGUCAGUGCUAUGUUAUGUCGAUGGUUGUUAACAAUUGCUUGUAUUGAUCGUUGUUUACUUACAUCAACUAAUGCUCGUCUUCGUCUUUUUGCUACUGUUCAUAUUGCUAAAAAAAUAAUAUUAUUACUUCAUAUUAUUUGGUUAAUAUUUCCUAUUCAUAUGCUUCUCUUUGCUGAUGUUCGAAGAAUAGGUUAUAUUACAUGUAUGUUAAGCACAGAUAGUUCAGCACUUUAUCACAGUAUUUAUUCAAUUAUCGCAGGUGGAUUUUUACCAACGUUCAUUAUGUUAAUAUGCGCAAAACAUAUAUGGAAAAAUCUUCAAUUAAAAAGACAACGUCGAGGAAUGAUUGAUUUACAGAGAAGACAAAGUAAACGAGAAAUACGUAAUAUUCAAAUUUUAAUUAUGUUAUUACUGCAAGUUAUAAUCUUUAUUUUAUUUACUUUUCCAUAUAUGUCUUUUAAUCUUUACUUAACAUUUACUCGAUCUGUCACUAAUAAAUCAGCAGAUCGUUUGGCAAUUGAAUCAUUUAUGCAAUUAUUUACAGGAGUUACUGUACUUGUCCAUCCUGCAAUAUCAUUCUAUUCAAAUACAAUGGUUUCACAAACAUAUAGAAACGAAUUAAUUAUUUUAUUUCGUAAAUUUAUUGUUUGUGAUCAAAGGCAACGUUUUCAUAGGGGGCAAAGAGUUGCUCCAAAUACUAUAUUUGCUAUUACUGAUAGACGAAAUGCUUUACCCAUGGUAGUAUUAAACUAA